AUGACUUCCACUAUGUUGUUGUUGAUUUUGUUCAUGAUACUAUGUAUUUCACAUCCCUCAUUCCAGAUGCUACUCUUGCCACUUACACACACUCUUUCCCAAGCUCAAUUCAACACCACCCACCACCUCUUGAAAUCCACCUCCGCCCGUUCCGCCGCCCGCUUCCGCCGCCAACUCUCUCUCCCCCUCUCCCCGGGCAGCGACUACACUCUCUCAUUCAAUCUGGGCCCCCAGGGCCAGCCCAUAACCCUCUACAUGGACACCGGCAGUGACUUAGUCUGGUUCCCCUGCGCCCCCUUCAAAUGCAUUCUCUGCGAGGGAAAGCCUAACGAGACCAACGCCUCGCCCCCAACCAACAUCACCCGAAGCGUCGCCGUUUCUUGCAAGUCCCCCGCAUGCUCCGCAGCGCACAACUUAGCCUCCUCUUCCGAUCUCUGCGCUAUGGCUCGUUGCCCUCUUGAAUCUAUUGAAACCUCUGAUUGCUCCAAUUUCAAGUGUCCACCGUUUUACUACGCAUACGGCGAUGGAAGCUUAAUCGCGCGUAUAUAUCAGGACACGCUCUCUAUUUCUUCGCUGUCUCUCACAAACUUCACUUUCGGUUGCGCUCACACAGCCCUCGCCGAACCAACGGGUGUCGCCGGAUUCGGCCGCGGUUUGCUCUCUCUCCCGGCGCAGCUAGCCACACUCUCUCCUCAACUCGGAAACCACUUUUCGUACUGCCUUGUUUCUCAUUCGUUUGACUCGGAGCGAGUGCGAAAACCGAGUCCACUCAUUCUCGGCCGUUACAAGGAAAAGGAGAAGAUCAGUGGCAGUGGAAUGGUUGAGUUCGUGUACACGCCUAUGCUUGAAAACCCUAAGCAUCCUUAUUUUUAUACCGUUGGCUUAAUCGGAAUCUCCGUCGGGAAAAGGACUAUUCCAGCGCCGGAGAUGCUGCGACGGGUGAACAAUAAAGGAGAUGGUGGAGUGGUUGUGGAUUCCGGCACGACGUUCACGAUGUUACCGGCGGGGUUUUAUAGCUCGGUGGUGGACGAGUUUGAUCACCGAGUCGGGCGAGUCAACCAGCGCGCGCGUAAGAUUGAGGAAAAAACUGGUCUCGCGCCGUGCUAUUAUUUGAACGCGGCGGCGGAAGUGCCGGCUGUGACGCUGCGUUUUGCUGGAGGCAAUUCCAGUGUGGUGCUGCCUAGGAAGAAUUAUUUUUACGAGUUUUUGGACGGAAGCGAUGAGACGAAGGGGAAGAGGAGGGUGGGGUGUUUGAUGCUGAUGAACGGUGGAAAUGAGGCUGAGUUGAGCGGUGGGCCCGGGGCCACACUGGGGAAUUACCAGCAGCAAGGAUUUGAGGUUGCGUAUGACUUGGAAGAGCAGCGCGUGGGAUUCGCCAAGAGGCAUUGCGCGUCGCUUUGGGAGAGACUGAAUCGCGACAAAAACUAG